GAGGUUAAACUGGAUUGUCUUGUUUGUUUCUCAUAUAAUGUAUUUAUUUGUCCAUUCAAUCGUGCUGUGAUUUUAUUUUAGUCUCUCUCUUUAUGUUUAUGACCUGUAUGCUUGUAUUUAUGAUUUGCACCUUGCUUGCGUAUUUUGUCUUUUACGUUUUUUUUUUUUUUUGGAAGUUGCCAAGUUGGUCGGAUUUGUAAUUUUGAAAAUUAAACAAACAAACAAACAAACAACAACAAAAAAACUAUUUAGAGCCACAUGAACCACGUGACUGCGUUGCGGUUAGAUCAAAUCGUGUCGCAACUCUCUCUUUCUGACGGCGCUGCUCGUGACGAAUUUACGUCACCUUUUACGACACACAAACAGCGGUGACUCAAACCACGAGAUCACGAAGAAGUUAUUUUUGUUUGUUUGUUUGUUUGUUUGUUUGUUUUAACAUUAUAGAUAUAUAAAAUGUUGUCUUUGGAGCACUAUCAGUUUUUAGAGAGCUUUAAAAGGAAACGCAUCCGACUCACAACAAAAGGCAGCACAUUUGAGGGCGUUGUGCAGCGCAUUAAUUUGAACAAAACUAUCAUUUUAGAGGACGUGGUUGAAGUUCAGAGCAACAGCCGGUUUCUCGGAGCUAAACUCUUCUUCGGACAAGAAAUCCUGAAUAUUGAGUUUACUUCCUCCUCUAACAGAGAUCUCCUGGGUGAUGAGGAUCAUGACAAGGUGGGUCAGCUGAGCCUGGCUGAGUAUCAGCCCUACAGGAGCACGUUGUUAGGUGAUGGAGAUGGUGAUGAUGAGGAGGAUGAGCAGUUUGUGAACUACAUGGUUGUAGAUGAGUUCCAUGAGAAGUUUGGACCUGCACUGAUGCACAUCCGGAAGCAGCGGGUGAUAGGGCUUGGGCUGGAUGGAGUUGGCGCUUUCCAGAAUGAGAGGCUCUGCUGGCUGCAGGUGGCGACUAAAAACAAGGUGUACCUCUUUGACAUCCUGUUGCUCGGAGCUCGAGCUUUUAGAAAUGGUUUGUCUAACAUUCUGGGGAGCGAGAACAUCCUGAAAGUCAUGCACGAUUGCCGGAGGAUCUCUGGGUGUCUGAUGGUGCAGUUUGGCGUGAAACUGACGAAUGUGUUUGACACACAAGUUGCUGAUGUCAUGCACUUCUACGCAGAGACAGGGGGCUUCCUGCCCACACGGGUGAGCACGCUCCAGGAGGUCAUCACCGGUCACUUAAAAAUGCCGUUAUACCGUCUGUCCUCUCUGAACAUCAAGGAUCAGCUCUGUAGGGAAGACAAAGAAGUCUGGUACAUCCGUCCUUGCCCUGCGCCGCUCCUAAAAGUCAUGGCUUUGUCUGUGAUCCACCUGCAGCCGCUUCGUCUUAUGCUUUUGGACGCCCUGAUGUCUGACUACACCAGUCUGGUGGACACCUAUCUAAAGACCGGUCAGGAAAACCCUUUACGCACAUUGGACUUCGGCAAGACUGGCCUCGAGCUCCCUCAGGAGCUGCGUGAAAUUGAGGUGAUCAAAUGUGAUCGGCGGAAAUGGGCUGUGGACCACUAUAACAUCACAGAGGAUGGCCUUCUGGACCGCUACAACGUCAAACCGACUUCAGAGCCAGACUCGGAGAUUCAGGAACAGCUGGAGAUACUGGAUUCCAGCCUGGAUGCUGGAGAAAAGUGUCCCUGUCCUGCUGUAAAGUCAACACUAAGAGGAGGAAGUGUGCCGGAUAAAGAUGUCACUACUAUGCCAAAUAUAGGGAGGGGGUUUGUACUUCCUGCCCCAGUAGUACCCUUCAGAGAAAGCGCGCUACUCCAGAAAAGCACUGCAGAGACAAUGCCUGCCUCCAUCAUGGGGGGCGUAGCUCAAAAUGGCGCCUGUUCGGUACCCGUCAUGGGGAGAGGACUCUUUAACAGAUCGUUGUAGCCCAAAAUCACCCAGGAAAGAAAAAAAAAAAAACUAUAUAGAAGCCUUGGUGAACUUGCUGCUUGUUGUAUGGGUAUUUAAACAUUUGUUUAAGCAUGUUGCUUUUGACUGUGGUUAAAAUUAAGGUCAGAAAUAAUUUAGUUUUGUUUCAUUUUGUGACUCUGCCUUGUUACCUAAACUUUUUAUUUGAGAUAAUAAGAACGUUGAAAGUUUGAAUUUUCAAGCUGAAGUUUAAUUUCUGACCGAGCUGCAGUACUAUUGUUGUGUUCGUAGAGGGCAGUGUUGCUUACAGAAUUAAAAAACAAAACCUGCUGAGUUUAAUCUGUUUAGUUAACGAGUGGCUGAUUAAUAAUUAGUGUUAAAUGUUCCUUUAGCUCUCUGAGCGCAUUAAUAAUUCAGCGGGAAUGAUGUAAUGUUCUUGUUUUCAUUACUGUACCUCAUUACAAUAAAUGUUCAAUGUCGUGUUUAAUCAUGUGCCGUUCAGUCAGCGUGGACAGGCCCAGCGGUCUGCAACUGUUAAACCUCACACUAACUGAUGUUCUUUCUUUCACUAACACAGUGUGUGGCUGAAAAAGUCACUCCAUAAUGAAGUGAUCCCUGAGGCGUAGCCCUGUCGGAGCGUACUGUCAUUUUCACCCUUUACACAAGUGUGUAUAAAAGAGUUUAAUGAAGAGGCACUACAGCACUUUAAUUAAAAAGACCUGA